AGUACUCAAAAAGCUCGGUUCAUGAUGCCAUAAUUGCACCAUCUCCAACUCUACGGGUACGGCUCCCGCCAUGUCUGGGAUGCUUGCUGACUCCCUCAUCAACAGCUGUUGCGAGGUUCGCCGAGCCUCUAGCUUUGACCUCAGUGUUUCCCUAUCUCCCUGAGAUGAUUGCCAGUUUUGGCGUCGAAAAGAACGAUGUCGCAAGAUGGGCAGGCUUCACGGGAGCCAUCUUCUCCGUGUCCCAGAGCCUCACAGCCGUCGCCUGGGGGAGGGCUUCCGAUAAGUUUGGACGAAAACCCGUUAUACUCACGGGCCUUGCUAGCACCAUGGUAUGCUUCCUGCUCUGGGGUAUGUCGACGAGUUUACCCAUGGCCAUCACUGUCCGUGCCAUUAUGGGAGGCGGCAACGGCAACGUCGGUAUCAUUAGAACCAUGGUAGCAGAGAUGGUGCCAGAAAGAGAGCUCCAACCAAAGGCUUUCUCCCUUAUGCCUCUUGUAUGGAGCAUCGGUUCCGUUUUUGGUCCUGCCUUUGGUGGCUUCUUUGCUCGACCUGCAGAACAGUACCCCGAAUUUUUCGGCCAUAUAGAAUAUUUCAAGCGUUAUCCUUUCGUUCUGCCCAACUUAAUGGCUUGCUGCGUUUUCUUCAUCUCCUUUAUGACUGGGUUGCUAUUCCUCAAGGAAACGCUCCAUAGCAAACGCCACCGACGCGACUGGGGCCUGCUCCUAGGAGAGAAACUUACCCGGCCCUUUAAGCGCCCCGAAGGACACGCAAAGCGGAGAAGGCUUUCUUUCGUCGACGACGAAGCAUCGGCGCCCUUGCUGGCCGACUCAGCCGCGCCGCGCUCCAAACAGAUCGCUUUGAGGACAGAACCCGUCACUCUCAAGGAGAUCUUCACCCAGCAGACCAGCAUUAACCUGCUGGCGUACACCUUCCUCGCUCUGCACUCGGUCGCGUACGACCAGGUCCUGCCCGUCUUCCUCAACUACCCCUGCGUGGUCCCCGACGAAACAAACACCCACCUCCCCUUCCAAUUCACGGGCGGAUUCGGUCUCAGCUCCGACAAGAUCGGUACCAUCUACACAGUCUACGGCAUUGCCUGCGGUGUGGUGCAGUUCCUCCUCUUCCCGACCCUCUGCGCCCGCUUCGGCGUGUUGACCUGCUACCGAGUCGCAACCCUCAUCUUCCCCCUAAUCUACUUCACCACCCCCUACACAGCCCUAAUCCGGUCCACCACAAUUCGUUACGCGAUUUUUCUCGCCAUCAUGCUCGUCAAGGGCUUCGUCGUCAUCAUCGGCUUCCCCUGCACCACCAUUCUGCUCACCAACUCGGCCUCGUCCUUGCGCAUCCUCGGCACCCUCAACGGCUUCGCCACCACCUUCAGCGGCCUCGGCCGCGCCGUCGGCCCCGCGGCCGUCGGCGCCGUCUUCAGCUGGGGCGCGCGCGAGGGCUACGCCGUCGCCCCCUGGUGGUUGCUCGGCGUGAUUGCCAUGGUCGGGGCCGUGCCAGCUUGGUUCAUUGUGGAGGGGGACGGGCCUGCGAGGGGUCUUGCUGAAGGACAGGUGGAAGACGAGGAGGAAGAGGAAAGUUUGCUUACGGGUGGGGAAAAUGGAAGGGGUUGGGAUGAUGGGGCUGCUGCGUUGGAGACGGUUAUUGGGGCGCCUGCUGAUCCUGGCGAAGAUGGCAGAGAGGGCAGGAAGGGAGGGAAGAAAGGGUAUGGGACCCUUGAAUAAGGUGUAUAGAGCGUUAAGGCGAUGAGGGGAUGCAGGUUAUAUGAGGGGUGCUACGAACGCCUAUGACGAUAUGACAUGGAUGGUAAUGACUGUCAUGGCAGUAUGUCAUUGGAUAUACGACGCUAUGUGGCCAUGCCAUGCGAGUUGGAUUUAUCUUGCAUAUCUGUAGAAGCGGAGUCAAGGUCCUCAGCCUGGCGUUGGGGUUAGCGGGAAAAAAGGUGACUGGAUAACUAGGGGUCUUCUGUAACCCAGAUGGAAUCAUAGAUGAAAACAAUCAAUGCUGA